AACGUAACGACAAUUGAAAUGCUAUAAAGUGUAAAGAAGCUUAAAAUUAAAUCGAUGCAAUUCAGUUUCCUUGUUCUAAGUUUAAUUUUGUGACUAUUUUUUUGUUUUAUUGUUUUGAUUGUUGCGAUUUAAAGUUAAGAGCGACUAACGGGCGCCUUGAUAGUUUUGCUUGAUCGAUAAAUACAUACAAUUGACGAGAACGAUUUUGAAAUUAUUGAAAUGGGCACCGACCUCGAAAUAGUUACCAUAGCCCUGCAACAGGGCAACAUGGAUAGCAGUUUGUUCCGACUGAAACGUGGUUCGGUGCUGAGAUUAAACCCAGAUGCAUCUCUACUGGGAAAAGAAAUAAUCCUCUAUACAAACUAUCCUGGCGAUGGUAAGAAAGAAUUCAUUCGGACGGAUAAUCGAGUUCUUGAUUGGCACUCGAAAUAUGGAAAGCAAAUUACUUCACCAAAAAACCAAUACGUCCAUGUUGUUGAUAUUGAUGCGUAUGCUGAGGUGAAAGUUAACAUUUCUGGAACCUUCCGUUUCUUUUUCAAGGAGAAAGAUAGGUUAGUUAAGAACAUUUCUCUCAGUUCCACAAAUCCGUAUUUUAAUAAAAAAAAAUGUACUUUCAUUAGUGACGAAAAGGAACCAAGUGGAUCUCUUUAUGUCCAAGUUGAGCCAACUCUUCAUGUCGGACCACCAGGAGCACAAAAAAUCAUUCCUUUAGAUUCGGUUCGUUGUCAAACUGUUCUCUCCAAGUGUCUGGGUCAAAUUGAUACUUGGGAAGCCAAAUUAAGAGUUGCCAAGGAGUCCGGUUAUAACGUAGUUCAUUUUACACCAAUCCAAGAACUAGGUUUAUCUCAUUCGGCUUAUUCUCUACGCGAUCAGUUGAAAGUGAAUUCUCAUUUUGGUCCCAAGGGAAAAGUUUCCUUCGAAGAUGUUGACAAAGUUAUCAAGAAGUUACGUCACGAGUGGGGAAUUGCUUCAAUUUGUGAUAUUGUUCUUAAUCACACUGCUAACGAGUCCAACUGGCUGGCAGAUUAUCCGAAUGGCACCUACUCCUGCCACACUUGUCCCUAUUUGAGACCGGCAUUUUUGUUGGACGCUCUUCUGGUUAAAGCGGGCUCUGACAUUGAGGAGGGACUUCUUGAACAAGUUGGCGUUCCGAAAAUCAUCGAUCAAGAAAGCCACUUGGACGCCUUGCGUCACCAGCUUAAGACAAACUAUCUUCCAAAGGCCAACAUCCAUGAAUUAUAUCAAUGUCAUCUGCCAAAGAUUGUCAAUGAAUUCGAUCAAUUGGUUCGAAGCAAGCCACCACCUGGAAAGAAAAUCCAACCUGCCGAACGUCACAAGGAAAUCGUUCUGAUUCAAGAUCCAGAAUAUAGACGCUUUACGUCUACCAUUGAUAUGACAUUGGCUUUGGAUAUCUUCAACACUUUCCAUGCCGAUUGCUUUGAUGAAGAAUCACGUAUCAGGAAGUGUACUGACGCCUUCCGUCAGCACUUGCAGACUUUAAACGAUAAUGUAGCAACUGAAAUUUGGGAAUAUCUACACACCGCUGUGGAGAAUUGUCUUUCGGGUGUUCGGUAUGAGCGUGUUCAGCCGGAUGGUCCAAGGAUCAGGGUCAUUUCAGAGAAGUACCCAGUGUUCAUGCAAUAUUUUACUCACCUCGUGGUGGAAAGGCGAACUCCAGCGGAAAUUGAAGAGCGUAUGUAUGGUGAGGAUGGAAAAUAUCUAAUGGCCCACAAUGGUUGGGUCAUGGGAGCAACUGAUCCUUUGAAGGAUUUCGCCGAACAGCAGCCAGGUCGGGCUAACGUCUAUCUCAAGAGGGAGUUGAUCUCCUGGGGAGACAGUGUCAAACUGCGCUAUGGUGAGAAACCUGAGGAUAGUCCGUAUUUGUGGGAGCACAUGCGAAAAUACGUCGAGACCACAGCCAAGAUCUUCGAUGGUGUCCGUUUGGACAACUGUCAUUCAACACCUCUGCAUGUUGCUGAAUAUCUUCUUGACGCUGCACGAAAAGUCAAUCCCGAUUUGUAUGUGGUAGCCGAGUUAUUCACAAACUCCGAUGCUACGGACAACGUUUUUGUAAAUCGAUUGGGAAUCACUUCAUUGAUCAGGGAAGCCCAAUCGGCCUGGGACUCCCAUGAGGAAGGCAGACUUGUCUACAGGUAUGGAGGUGAGCCUGUUGGAGCUUUCCAAGUCUCUCCCAAGCGCCAUUUGGCUCCAAACAUUGCACAUGCUCUGUUCAUGGAUCUGACACAUGACAACCCCUCGCCCAUUGAGAAGCGUUCGGUGUAUGACUUAUUGCCAUCGGCUGCUUUGGUUUCGAUGGCUUGUUGCGCAACUGGAAGCAACCGUGGAUACGAUGAGCUGGUACCUCAUCACGUCCAUGUUGUUGAUGAGCAACGAGAGUACCAAGAAUGGGGAAAAGCAGUUUCACACAAAACUGGAAUUAUCGGAGCCAAACGAGCUUUGAAUCUUCUCCACGGCCAAUUGGCGGAGGAAGGCUUCAGUCAGGUCUAUGUCGAUCAAAUGGAUCCCAAUGUCGUCGCCGUUACUCGACACUCUCCCAAGACUCAUGAAAGUAUUAUUCUUGUCGCCCACACCGCUUUCACUUACCCCGAUCCGUAUGCCGGACCAACACCUAUUCGUCCGCUUCGUUUCGAAGGUUGUCUCGAUGAAGUUAUUCUCGAAGCUGAACUCCGUAACAAAGGCCCUAAACCAUUCGAUCAUCCCUCACCGCUCAAGAAGUCUGACAAGGUCAUUAAUGGCUUUGAACAGUUCGAGUUGAAUGUUCGUGAGCAUAUUUCUUUGGCUGAUUCGAAUAUAUUCGCCAAGGAACCAGUUAUCGAUGGCAAUAUGACACAGUUGAACUUUGUGAAUCUGAAGCCUGGAUCUAUUGUUGCUGUAAGGGUGUCCCUGAAUCCAGCCACUCGUCCCAGCUUUGAAAAACUGCACGGCAUUGUUACCGCUUUGCAGAAGGAAGUCGGUCCAGUUCAUGCCGAGUUGGCCACCAUUAUCGCCGAUCUCGAUUUCGUUGAUCUGAAUAGAGCUUUGUUCAGUUGUGAUCAGGAAGAAAGAGAUCUUGGUUUGGGAGGAGCUGCAUAUGAUAUUCCCGGAUAUGGACCAGUCGUUUAUUGUGGUUUGCAAGGCUUUAUUUCGAUUUUGACUGAUAUCGCACCAAAGAAUGACUUGGGUCAUCCUUUGUGUGACAAUCUCAGGAACGGCGAUUGGAUGAUGGAUUACAUCUCACAGAGAUUGAGACGUUUCCAGGAUUGCAAGAAGCUCGCCAAAUGGUUGAGACUUGCGUUUGAGCCAUUGAAGACAAUUCCAAGAUAUUUAAUUCCAUGCUACUUUGAUGCUAUCCUCAAUGGAGUCUAUCACAUGCUUGUUGAACAUGCCUAUUCCUUGAUGCCUGAGUUUAUUCGUAAAGGAAGUAACUUCGCUCAAUCUCUGGGUUUGGCCACCAUUCAAUUCCUUUCCAUAUGCAAGACAGCCAAUUUGCCAAAGUUCAGUCCAAGCAUUUUGCCUCCACCACCACCAGAACAGUGUGUUACUCUAUCAGCCGGUCUUCCUCACUUCGCCACUGGCUACUUGCGUUGCUGGGGUCGUGAUACAUUUAUCGGCCUUCGUGGUAAUCUUUUCCUCACAGGCAGAUUCAAUGAAGCUCGUUACAUUAUCAUUGGCUUCGCUGAAUGUUUGCGUCACGGCUUGAUUCCAAAUCUUCUCGAUGGCGGAGCUAAUCCACGCUUUAACUGUCGCGAUGCCGUUUGGUGGUGGCUUCAUAGCAUUAAGCAAUACGUCAGCGAAGCACCAAAAGGCAAGGAAAUUCUCAAGGACAAGGUGUCCAGAAUCUUCCCUACAGACGAUUCUCCACAUUGCUCGCCUGGCGAGCACGAUCAAUUCCUUUACGAUGUGAUGCAAGAAGCACUGAAUGUUCACUUCCAAGGGUUGCAAUAUCGUGAACGUAAUGCAGGUUACGAAAUUGAUGCUCACAUGAAGGACAAAGGCUUCAACAAUCAAAUUGGUGUAAACCCCGACACUGGCUUUGUGUUCGGAGGAAAUGCUUCAAAUUGUGGCACAUGGAUGGACAAAAUGGGUUCGUCGGAAAAAGCCAACAACCGAGGCAGACCAAUAACGCCACGAGACGGAUCAGCUGUAGAAAUGGUCGGUCUACAAGUUUCAGCUUUGAGAUUCAUGGAACAGCUUAGCAAGGAGGCAUUGAUUCCUCACAGAUCUGUGGAAAGAUACGGAAAAAAUGGUGAGAAAACAACAUGGACCUAUGGCGAAUGGGCGGAUCGCAUUCAUGAAAACUUCGAGAAAUACUUCUUCGUUACAAAAGAAGAGCGUGGCCCAUUGGCUAAUAAGAAGCUCAUCUACAAGGACUCCCUAGGAGCAACCCAAAAGUGGACUGACUACCAACUGCGUUGCAACUACCCCAUUGCCAUGGUUGUAGCUCCAGAACUCUUUAAUCCCUUCAAUGCUUGGCAAGCACUUGAAGUUGCGAAAAAGCAUCUCCUAGGACCUCUCGGAAUGAAGACUCUCGAUCCAGACGAUUGGAACUACCGAGGAAACUACGACAACAGUGAUGAUUCGGGAGAUUCAACAGUUGCGCACGGAGCAAACUAUCAUCAAGGACCCGAAUGGGUUUGGCCAAUUGGUUUCUAUUUGAGAGCUAGAUUGAUUUUCGCCAAGAAAUGUGGAUACCUCCCUGAGACUAUUGCCGAGACAUGGCAAAUCCUUCAAGCGCACUUGAAAGAAAUUCAAACAUCCCACUGGCGGGGAUUACCUGAGUUGACUAACGAAAAGGGAGCCUUCUGUCGUGACUCUUGUCGAACGCAAGCUUGGAGUAUUGCUACUGUCCUAGAGGUCCUUCAUGAUCUUCAUCAUAUAGGAGGCGAUUUAUUGUAGAUCUCGAACCGUUUAACCGUUGAUUAGAUUUGAAUACAAUUAAACUGCCACAUGAGACAUGAUAUGGCUAAAACAAAUUGAAAUACUCCACAUUUUUUAUAUAAAACGAGACGACCGACCGACUCCCCCAAAAAAUUAAGUGACAAAAAGAAAGAAAUAUUUGUUAUCAAUAAUGUUUGUUAUUAGUUUUAGUUUUUUAGCUGUUUGUCUGAACCACAAAAAUAUGAGUCUGGGGAGCUUUACAGUUUCAAAACUUACAACCUCCCUUCUCAAGUGUUUAGUAAUAAGAGUUCUUUUAUGUAAUACAUCACUUCUUGCUUUAUUAUUAUUAUUUAUCGUGUUGAUUGAAAAGUUUCAUUUUUAUAAUAUUAAGCAAACUAUAUUUACAAUAAAUAAUAAUAUUUUAUCAAACCAAACCACAAGACGAA